UUUGUCCCCAGGAUAGAUCACUGGAACAACGAGAGGGAGCGUGUCGUGGUGAUCACAGAUGCCAACCUCCUGGUCUGCAAAUAUGACUUUAUAAUGCUCAGCUGCCUCCAGGUGCAGCGGAUCCCCCUGAGCUACAUCGACCGUAUCUGCCAUGGCCAGUUCACGUUUCCUGAGAAGUCCCUGGACAAGAGGGAGGGAGAAGGCCUGAGAAUCUACUGGGAUAAUCUGAAAGAGCCAUCUGCCCUGUCCCGUUGGAAUCCAUGGGCCAAGGAUAUCCCUUAUGCAACUUUCACAGAACAUCCAGUGAAGAACAGCAGCGAAAGGUUCAGUGCCAUCUGCAAGAUGUCCGAGUUCACUGCUCAGUUGGUCCGGGCUGUUCAGACUGCCCAGAGCAAGAACCCGGCGCCAGGCAAAACCAGCGGCGUUGUGGUUCUGAAUCAACCCCUCCUGAUCGACACCUACAUGGGUUUUAUGUCUUUCAUCGGGAACCGAAACAAACUUGGUUAUUCCCUUGCCCGUGGGAGUGUUGGCUUUUGAAACUCUCCAUGGUGGGGCGUGCUUUGUUUGUUAAUGUCACUGUCCUUUAAAUUCUGCAUAUAGCCCCAUUUCUUUUAGAGGUUAAAAAGAUGCAAAGGUUAAGUGAUGCAUAGGUCUUGUGCUGGCCCUCUGCCCAGGGGCAAAUUUCCCUCCCUUUGCAAAGUUUUCCCUGGGCCUUUCAGCCCCUACUGUGUAUGAAUAUGGCUGCGUUACAAACUCUUUACGGUGUGUGCAUUAGAAAUGAAUCAAAACUAGGACUCCAGACCUGAACCAUGCCAAACUUGGGGGGAAGUUCCGAUCUGAAGUUGACCCAUCUCUUGUGUAAAAACUCUACCGCAAACUAACCUGUCUAGUCCAGCCUCCCCAUUGCUAAUGUCAAUGCAGUGGCUGCACUGCUUGUGUCUACACUGACACUUUCCGUGCUAAAAUUUUAGUCAUUCAGGGGUGUGAAAAAACACCCCCCAAGCGACACAAGUUUUAGCGCUGAAAAGCGCCAACACAGACAGUCCUCCCGGCAAUAAAGCUUCCACCACUCGUUCAGGGUGGUUAUUUUUUGUCACUGGGAAUGCUCUCCCCCGGCGAUAAAGCGUGACUACACUGCCCACGUCACAGCACAGCUGCAGCCGGGCUGUAAGGUGGGCGGUGUGGACAUACCCUAAGUGCCCCUGGGAAUCUGCAUGCAAGACCUGCAGCUACCCAUUGCCUCUUCAAUGACCAUGUUGUUCUGAAGUCUGUUUCCCAUCUCAGGGGUCUAGGAACUUUGCAGCACAGUAAGUAGGUGCUUGCUUCAAAUGUCAGGCCUAACAUUCACACAGCAGAGAAAUAGUUCCUUAACUGAUCUCUGGAGGUUUACUAACAUGGCCCGGAAUUGAUACGAGCAUUUAGCUAUCUGCACUCUCUCCCAUGCCGGAUAUAGUAUUUGGUGCUUGCAUCUAUCUCUGCCGAUCCGUGCCUGGAAAUGACAUCCUACACUAUGCUCAGUCUUGCCCUUUAAGAUCUCUUGUUUUUUUAAAGAGCUGCCGUGUUUGAAAUUCUGUUUGGAUCACUUGGAGAAUCUCUGGAGCAACCCAGUGACACGGCUGGAAAGGAAUUUUCUCUGGUCACAUGACACCUGGUCCAAAGCCUUUCAGAGUCAUUGGAAAGACUCGCAUUGCUCUGAACUCUCUACAGAUCAAACCCAUGGCAAAAGACAGCAGUGAAAUAUCUUGAAACAAAUCUUAAAGGAUAAAAAAAUAUGUUUACUUAUAAACGUUUCAUAUUCUGCAUCAGAUGUUGGAAUGGGGGGAAAUCCAACAAAACCAGACAUGUUAUUUUCUGGACUUUUCAGAAUAUUUUAGCUAAAUAGAUAAGUGGAUAGUAUAAUUGGGUCUCAGAGUUUGUUUGUUUUUAAGGAUCAGAAUCACAGUAUAUUGUCAUUUGAGAUUUUAAUAAAAUAAUCUCCACA